UAAUUCACAAUAAAAUGUCGCACAUAGAAAAAAUUAACGCUACUCAGUAGCAAUCUCAAAUACACAAAAAUACUAAUCUCAAAUAUACAAAGUACAAGUGAUUAGUGCUUCCCAACAAAUGAAGUGUUGUGGAGUGUUAAUAAUGGCGUGACAAAACCAGAUAUAGGGUUUCAAGUUCUCAUGGCAAGGUUCAAAAUCCCUACUUAGACUCUCUUCCUCUGCCCUUUUCCCUCAUUGCUUCUCAUGAAUACUUUGUUUACCACUUACAACACUUCAUUUCAGCUCACAUCCCUGCUGUACUUUACAGUAAUCUGAUAAACGUCCCCAUAAAAAGAUAAGAAAAAAAGGGAUCAAUCAACAAAUUCCCAGAUAUUCCUACAAUCUCAAACUGGGUUAGAAGAAUCCCCAUGAAAAUGAAAAUAUGCAGGAAUCUGUGUGUCUAACAAGUGGAGAAGCCAGAAAGUGGGAAAAAAUGAAUAGUGAAUCAACAGCAGUAUCACCUUCAAUACCUUUAUUUACAUUGUCACAAUGGAAAGAAUUGGAACAUCAAGCUUUGAUCUUUAAGUAUAUGCUUGCUGGUCAUCCUGUUCCUCCAGAUCUGGUUCUUCCCAUUCAAAAUAGUUUAUCAUCUUCCUCAUUUCUCCAUUUACCUUCCUAUGGGUACUGUAGUAGAGAAAAUACCCUGUAUGGUAUUGGAUAUGGAUAUGGGUAUGGGAAGAAAGUGGAUCCGGAGCCGGGAAGAUGCAGAAGAACAGAUGGUAAGAAAUGGAGGUGUUCGAAAGAAGCCUAUCCUGACUCUAAGUAUUGUGAGCGCCACAUGAACCGUGGCCGCAAUCGUUCAAGAAAGCUUGUGGAAUCCUCUUCUUGUUCUUCAUCUUCUACAACCUCUUCCUGUGUUCCCGCACUAAGCUUGAACCAAUCUGAGAAAUUCCCCCACAAAUUUGAUGCUUUUGCUUCCAUUUCUAAUCCUAAUCAAACCCAAUAUGAAUCAAACUCUAUUCCUUAUGCUAUACCAACUAAACACUACUCCAGGCAUCUCGAGGAUAGUAAACCUGAAGCGGGUCAACAUAGAUCCUUGUCUCAAUGCACAGGUAGUAACCGAUCUCUGCUAAUAGACUCAGCUAUGAACAAUACAUGGUCGUCACCGUCACCCCAAAUGUCCUCUCUAACUCCAUCAAAGCUGAUAGACAGUUCCUCUCUUCACAAUUAUCAUCGACAGUCUUUCGAUAACAUUGAUUUUGACACAUCAUUGCCCGUGAAACAAAGCAGCCAAUCAACUCACCCUUUCUUCGAGUUAUGGCCUAAUUCCAGGGAAGCAUGGUCUGGUUUAGGAGAUGAAAGUACCAAUCAGGUUGGUUUCUCCUCGACACAGCUCUCUAUUUCCAUGGGAUCAUCCGACUUUUCUACCAGUCAACAAUCACCUCAAGAACCUUGAGAGUAAGCAAUGCUUUUGCCAAGCCGACUCAAAUUGAUCGUUUUAAGCUCCUUAACAAACCGCUCUCCAGACGUUCAAAUAAAGGAGAAGCUCGACUGGAGGGCAAGUAAAAUUUUAUUCUGUAAUCGGGGUGCAUCAUAAAUGUGUAGUAAUUUAUAUGACUUUCUUUAUGUUAGAUUAUGAUGACAUGAACAAUUGUAUGAGGUGCUAUGCAUAUCAUGAUGCCUAUUUUUUGUUUAUUGUGUAUUAGGAUUCAACUGUUUUUUAAUGGUUGAUAUGUUUGUUGUAACUCGUACUCGUUUAUGAUCUGAGUCGAUUGGCGUUAGUGAUCCGAGUCUAUUUAGGUUUUUAUAUCCAUGGUUGAGUCGAAACCGUUGUAGUAUAUUCUAUAGUUGAGAAAAAACAGUGUUUUUUUGUUAAUGCCCAGUUUUGUGCAUGGUCAGUCUAUUGUUCUUGUGAACAUUGCAAAUAUGAAGAGCCAUUAUUCA